AUGUUGGGUGGAAGGUGGUGGCGGUACAUUUUGCUUUAUUCGCCAUUGUCAGUGUUGUGUGUGAGUACCGCCAAAAAAAGACAAAAAUGGCAAGAACAAAGUAGUGUAGUCGGACGAACUAUCGAUCGACUGGCAGAAAGGGUGCUGCUGCCAGCCUCAUCCCGCCCCGGCUCCCCUCUACUCUUAUAUAUUCUCUGUUAGCGGAGAGAGCAGGAGUGUUCGUAGAGGACCAAAAAAUGAGCGGAUAGAGGGGAGCUUAGAAGGAACGAAGGGGGAAAAGUUAGGGGGAAAGAAAAUUGGCAGUUGAAGGGAUGUUUCCACCCAUAUAUUCGCAGUUAAUUUAAAUCGGUUAUGUUAAGAAUAAGAAUGUUGGUGAGGAAUUUUUCGAGAUACGGUGAAGUCUGAUAUUAUUAUACCGGAAUUGUGAAUAGAAUGUUUCUAGAAGAGCACCCUAAUUUUAUUUUCGCGAAUAUAUAGGUUCUACCAACUGUCACGAACGCACGUUAGUAACUGAUGAGAAAGUAAGGGAAGAGAGUUGCGAGUCAGAGAAUAGUACAAUUCUUUCUUUUAAAAGGGAAACAGGGAAUAGGGUGGAAAUGUUUCACCAACACACAUCCACUCUAUUUUAUUGAACCCUUUUGCUCUUUCAUUUCGUUUUUUCUAUAAAGUAAAAUAUAGAGGAUUGAUAGAAUGAAAAAAUAAAAACUAUUGCCAGCUUGUGAAUUCGAGGAAUAUAAAGUUGAGGAAAAUUCAAAGAAAGAAAAAUGUUUGGGGAAUAGACACUGACAGUU